GCUAACAACAUGGCUCGAGCACCGGCCACUGUUUUAUUUUUGAUUUUGAUUAUAGUUACAGAAACAGUACUAUCGAAUAAGGCAAAAAAUGUGCUGGUAUUAUUAGCGGAUGAUGGUGGCUUUGAAAUCGGAGCAUAUAUGAACAAAAUAUGCCAGACUCCGAAUAUAGACGGCCUGGCACGAAGGGGCGUGAUAUUCAACAACGCAUUUACAUCCGUAAGCAGCUGUUCGCCAAGCCGUGCGGCGCUGCUCACGGGGACCCCGAGCCACCAGAAUGGCAUGUACGGGCUGCACCACGGCGUGCACCACUUCUCCUCCUUCGACAACGUGUCCAGCCUGCCCGCCGUGCUGCGCGAGCACGGCGUUAUGACCGGCAUCAUCGGCAAGAAGCACGUGGGCCCCGCCGACGUGUACCGCUUCGACUACGAGCAGACUGAGGAGAACAACCACAUCGACCAGGUCGGCCGCAACAUCACGCACAUCAAGCUGCUCGCAAGGGAGUUCCUGGCUGACGCCAAUACCAAAAACAAGCCUUUCUUUCUCUACGUGGGUUUCCACGACCCGCACCGCUGCGGCCACGGCGAGCCGCAGUACGGGCCCUUCUGCGAGCGCUUCGGCUCGGGCGAGCCGGGCAUGGGGCUCAUCCCCGACUGGAAGCCCUGGUACUACCAGUGGGACGAGGUGCAGCUGCCCUUCCAUAUACAGGACACGGAAGCGGCCAGGAGAGAUGUGGCGGCACAGUACACCACGAUGUCUAGGCUGGAUCAGGGCGUCGCCCUGAUCCUGAAGGAGUUAGAAGCGGCCGGGCACGGCGACGACACGCUCAUCAUAUACACUUCAGAUAACGGCAUACCGUUCCCCUCCGGCCGGACCAACUUCUACGACCCCGGGGUCAGGGAGCCGCUGAUCAUGGUGUCCCCGGAGGCCACGGCGCGUCGCAACCAGGCCUCGGGCGCCAUGGUCAGCCUGCUGGACCUCAUGCCCACGGUGCUGGACUGGUUCGGGGUCGCGAGGGACGAGGUGCAAAGCAACGAGAUCUGGGGGCCCGACCAGCCGAAGAGUUUGCUGCCUAUAUUGGAGAAGGAGCCCGCGCCGUCGGCGGACGAGGCGGUGUUCCUGUCGCAGACGCACCACGAGGUGACGAUGUACUACCCGAUGCGCGGCGUGCGCACGCGCCGCCACAAGCUCGUGCACAACCUCAACUUCGCCAUGCCCUUCCCCAUCGACCAGGACCUCUACGUCUCGCCCACCUUCCAGGAUAUCCUGAACCGCACGCGCGGCAAGCAGCCGCUGCCGUGGUACAAGACGUUGAAGCAGUACUACUACCGGCCGGAGUGGGAGCUCUACGACCUCCGCGUCGACGCUGCCGAGACCAACAAUCUGCAUGGCAAGCCGUCGCUGGCGGGCGUGGAGGCGGCGCUGCGCUCGCGGCUGGCGGCGUGGCAGCGCAGCACGCGCGACCCCUGGCGGUGCGCGCCCGCCGCUGUGCUGGAGCGCGACGCCUGCCGCAGCCUCGACAACGGCCUGCCGCUCCACCACCCGCGCUAACCGCCCGCCGCGACCGACACAUGUCUCGACCUUCGAUACUCCGACCUAGGCUUUACUUUACAUGAGUAAACUUGGGCAACUCCUGAAUGGCGGUGGUGAAGCGUGAGACGACUGUUCUUUGUUAUGAAUACGCUAUGAUGACUCGCCGCUAGAACUCGCUUUACUCGGAUAUAAUGGUGAGACUUCUAAAGUGUGUGAUUAUUAAUUUAUGGUGGUGGGUAUAGCUAUUUUAUAUCACUACAUCUAUUGACGACAUCUAUUUGCUAGUAUUCUAUGUUCUUUAGCAUGUACAUAUUAUAUGAAUUUGUUUCUUUUAUAGAGCAGAAAUUAAUCUACACUUGUCAAUGUAAGAAAAUUGAGUGCCCUAUAUCUAUUUUUUUUAUCAUUCUGUGAUAUUAAUAAUACUCAUAAAGAACAAAACAUGGUUAUAAUAAUAUUAAAUAAUAAUGAUCCUAAAAUUAUCAAGUACCUACAUAAUUUAAGUACUGUUGGUGUUAACACCAACUAUAAUUUAAUUAUAUGAAUGAAAUAAUUUUAUAAUUUGUUUACUUAUCUCUAUUGUGAAGUAUAGUAUAGUUAAUAAUAAUGUUGGUUUCUCUAAUAAAUC